AUGCUAAGAAUCGCUCCGAGAUCCGCCUUCAAGAGAACCCUCGCGUCACACGCCAAGCCUCAGGUCACCGAGUUGUCCAAUGGCCUGAGAGUCGCCACCCACUCCAACGACCAAGCCAGCUCCGCUACUGUGGGUGUGGUUUUUGGUUCGGGCUCCACCGCCGAAAACCCUUACAACAACGGUGUAUCUAGCAUCGUGGCCAACCUGGUCAAGUCCGAGGGUGCUCUACCAGCCGCCAAAGCCGGUGUCCAGCUUUCGACUCUUGUCGGCAGGGACUCUCAGUCGUUUUUGGCCUCCUACGCCAGCGGCUCGGGUCUAAACAAAACUCUUGACGUUCUACAAUCCCAGAUCGCCAACGCUUUGGGAACCGCCUCCGACAGUGCUUUCACUCAAGCAGCACAGCAAACUCUCAAGGAGUCUGAACUUUUUGAGCUCAACAACCACGCCGGCCGUGUUUCGGAACACUUGCACGCCACUGCUUUCCAAAACACUCCAUUGGCUUUGCCCAUGAGAGGUACUGCCGAGGCUAUUCAAGGUUUGGAGAAGGGCGACAUUCAGUCGUUCGCACUAAACCACUUCCGUAACUCCAACGCUGUUAUUGUCGGUUCCGGUAACUUGGCCCACGACGAACUAGUCAAGGCUGUGGAAUCGCAACUGUCUUUGGAAUCUGGCGAAAAGCCCGUGCAAAAGAAAACAUCCACAUUCUUGGGUUCUGAAGUCAGAUUAAGAGACGACACUUUGCCAAAGGCCUGGAUUUCCAUCGCUGUCGAAGGUGAAUCAGUCACUUCCCCAGACUACUACGUCGCUCAAGUCGCCGCGGAAGUUUUUGGUUCUUUCAACGCUGCCGAACCUGCCUCUAGACUACAAGGUAUCAAGUUGCUUGACCAAAUUCAGGACUACCACCUAUGUGACUCUUACAACCAUUUUUCCCUAUCUUACAAGGACUCUGGUCUGUGGGGUUUUGCCGCGGAAAUUUCCAACACCCACCAAAUCGACGAUCUAACCCAUUUCACCUUGAAACAAUGGAACAGGUUGACUAUCUCCGUCACUGGACAAGAAGUCGCCCGUGCCAAAUCUUUGUUGAAAUUGAAAUUGGGUGGUGCUGCCAUGGAUAAUGUUUCUAUUGCCAACACUCUAGGUACCAAGACGUUAGCUCUAGGUGCUGCUCCAGACCUCACUCAAGUUUUCGAGAAGAUUGACGCUAUCACCGUCAAGGACGUAAAGUCUUGGGCCUCUAGCAGAUUGUGGGAUCAAGACAUCGCCAUCUCUGGUACCGGUCAAAUCGAAAGUUUGCUUGACUACAUGAGACUCAGAAACGACAUGAGCAUGAUGAGAUGGUAG